AGGAACGCGGUUUGCUUCAAAACAUUAUGGCGUCGCGAAGAACGACAACGGUGCCAAGCAGUUUUAAAAAUGCUUCCACCGACGCUAAAAGCUCGAAAAUUGGGAGCAAUGCUAACAAAACCAGCAGCGGUGGAACUGGGAAGAAAAGCGUCAAAUCAAGUGGAACUAUAGUCAAGUCUCGAUAUAUGCAGUCGGCUGAGAGGACAUCACUUUCAAAGAGUAACUCACUGAACAAUGAGUCUGUUGGUGUGCCACCGAGACCUUCCUCACCUAAACCCAGUGGUGUCAGACCAAAGGUGGGCACUCCACCAAGACGUUCAGUGGCUCCACAGGCUCUUGCAACUUCAAUGAUGACACGUGAAACCGAACCAUCACUGCUCGGGAAAAGUAUUCUGCAGUCUACUUUCUCAGAUGGACACUGCUUUCGACCAGAUUUUGAUAUUUCUGUCAUUAAAGAUAAAACAGUGAUAGAAAAUGCAGCAGAACCCGAGAGAAACCCAGAGAAUGAAAAGAGAGACAUUGAGAUGCAAACAUUUCUGCUGGCGUAUCUCACAGCAAAGAUGGAGAGCAAUACGGCAAAACUCAAAGCUGAGGCAGAGGCAAAGAUCCUGCAGAUUCUGGAGGAAGAAGAGGCACUGCAUAAUGAGGUCCAGGAAAAGAAGCGCCAAUAUCUGCUUGCAGAGAAGAACAGGCUGGUGAAUGAGCUGCUGGAUUUGCAGAUCACUGCACUGACUCCUGUGGCCGAAGCUGCGAAGCAGUUCACAGAGGACUACAGGUCUUUUGCAACAGCCAUUGACACCACCCGACAUGAGCUACCCGUGAAGAACUUCUACAUUGACGGGGACAGAAAGGAAUUUCUAGAUAAAGCUGAAGCUUGCCUGAAGGAGAGUGAGAAGUUGCUGGUGGAGUGCACAGAGGGAGAUCAUAAGGACAACAGCACCUGUCUGGAGUGCCUUAGGGACAUGAAAACAAUGUCAAAGGACAUCAGUCAUCAGUUGUCGGGUGUAUUUUCAGAGCUUGUGGAGCUGUCAUCAUUGGUUUGCCGGCAUUCAAUCCACAUCCAGCAGGCCAUGGAGGAAGAGCAGCUCGGCACAGCAAGAACCCAUGAGCUCUACUGCCCCAAACAGUGAGAGACACAUGAAGGGAUACACAGUACAUGCACUUUGGUAACCCCUCCACUCUGUAAUUUCCCUGGUCUGGAUAUAUUUGUGCCAUUUGUGUCAGUUUUUUUGUGUACUGUCUCAGUACUGUUUGUUCUGUGUACUGUUUGCAGCUGUAUUAUAAGAAUUUGUAAAUGUUGAAUGAUGACUGAUACUGUUUUAUUGAUGGAACAUUAUUAAUAAAUAGAAAACAACAAUAAAAAUGUAAAUUGGACGGUCAACAUGGACAAUGAGCAAUUGGAAGCAAUAUUCAAGAAGAUGGUAUUACAGUUUUAUGUUGUGUUAAAUACAGUUGCAAAACAUCUGAAUGAGUCUUAGUGCUGGGAAUACAAAUAUGUGAGCAGAGCUGUAAGAGUUAGGAGGUUUGGACAAGUUUAAAUUCACAUUUGAUAUACAGAACUGCACAAAGGUUUUAGGUUUUAAACGUAAAAUGAGGACACUUUCAAAAACAAUGCCAUGAAUAUUUUUUAUUUUCAGUUAACUGAUUAGAAAGUCCAG